CAGACCUCAGUGAUGCAAUGCUGCCAACUGCAGGAAAUGGUGUCUCUAUAAUUGGGUGCGUUUCACAUGAAGAGGGACAUACAGUUUCUCAUGCUAAGACGAAGCUUUGGAACUGGGGAUCUCAUUAUAUGUUUUCUACUGUAUAUUUUCCAGAAAUGAAGGAACUUAUAAGCUCAUAAACAUAAUUACUUAUAGAUAACUUAUACAGGAACAAAAACAGACUGAGAAACAGAAAUUUAAAGACAUUUAUUAUUUUUACCUGCUGCUUGUGUAACAGCAGGAAGUGAAAUUGAACUACAGAUUUAGCAGGAGCCAUUACUGAGCUCAGAACAGACGGGAUAGAAUGGCGUCUGGACCUUCUCUCCUGGAAGAGGACCUCUCCUGUCCUGUGUGCUCUGAAAUCUUCAGGGAUCCUGUUGUCCUGAGAUGCAGUCACAGCUUCUGUGAGGCCUGUCUGCAGCAUUGGUGGAGAGAGAAAGGAUCUCAGGAGUGCCCAGUUUGCAGGAGAAGAGCUUCUAUGGAUCCACCUCUCCCUAGCCUGUCUCUGAGGAAUGCCUGUGAGUCAUUCUUAAAGGAGAGAAGUCAGAGAGCUGAAGCAGGAUCUGAAGGGCUCUGCAGUCUGCACAGUGAGAAACUCAAACUCUUCUGUUUGGAGGAUCAAAUACCUGUCUGUAAUAUCUGUCAAACUUCAAAAAACCAUGAAAACCACAAAUUUCGACCAGUUCAGGAGGCUGCAGAAGAAAAUAAGGAGAAACUCAGUACUGCGCUGGCUCCACUGCAGAAGAAGCUAAAAGCCUUUAAUGCAGUGAAACUAAUCUGUGAUCAAACAGCAGAACACAUCAAGAGUCAGGCCCAGCACACAGAGAGACAGAUAAAGAUGGAGUUUGAGAAACUUCAGCAGUUCCUAAAAGAUGAAGAGGCAGCCAGGAUCACUGCACUGAGGGAGGAAGAGGAGCAGAAGAGUCAGAAGAUGAAGGAGAAGAUUGAGAAGAUGACAGAAAAGAUAUCAUCCCUUUCAGAACAGAUCAGAACCAUAGAACAGGAGCUGGGAGCUGAAGACGUCUCAUUCCUGCAGAAUGAAGAUCUGAUGUUGCUGCUGAUAAUCUUCUACGGUAAUGAAGCCACGCCCACAGCACAAGUGACUCCUGAAUAUUAUUGCAGAGCCCAGUGCACCCUGGGGGAUCCAGAGAAGGUCUCAGGAGCGCUGAUUGAUGUGGCCAAGCACCUGGGCAAUCUGAAGUACAGAGUGUGGAAGAAGAUGCUGGGGACUGUUCAAUACACUCCUGUGACUCUGGACCCAAACACAGCACAUCCACUCCUCUCACUGUCUGAGGAUCUGACCAGUGUGAGAUACAGUGAUGAGAAACAGCAGGUUCCUGCUAAUCCAGAGAGAUGUGUUGGGCGGUUGUGUGUGCUGGGCUCUGAGGGAUUCAGCUCAGGGAGACACUGUUGGGAUGUAGAAGUGGGGGGUGUGGCCUGGAUGGUGGGUGUGGUUAAAGAGUCCUUCAGCAGGAAAGGGGUCUUCAUUCUGAGCCCAGUAGGAGGAGUGUGGGGUAUAGAGCUGACCAGUGGGGAAUACAGAGCCAUGACCUCCCCACCUACAGUCCUCACUGUACAGAGGGAACUCCAGAGGGUCAGAGUGCAGCUGGACUGGGACAGGGGGAAGGUGUCAUUCUUUGACCCCAGUGACAACACUCCUCUCUACAUUUUUAAACACUCCUUCACUGAGAGACUGUUUCCUUUCUUUAGUACUCUGGGGACUGUGCGGAUCUGUCCACUGAAGGUGUCUCAGAACAGACGGGACAGAAUGGCGUCUGGACCUUCUCUCCUGGAAGAGGACCUCUCCUGUCCUGUGUGCUCUGAAAUCUUCAGGGAUCCUGUUGUCCUGAGAUGCAGUCACAGCUUCUGUAAGGCCUGUCUGCAGCAUUGGUGGAGAGACAAGGGAUCUCAGGAGUGCCCAGUUUGCAGAAGAAGAGCUUCUAUGGAUCCACCUCUCCCUAGCCUGUCUCUGAGGAAUGCCUGUGAGUCGUUCUUAAAGGAGAGAAGUCAGAGAGCUGAAGCAGGAUCUGAAGUGCUCUGCAGUCUGCACAGUGAGAAACUCAAACUCUUCUGUUUGGAGGAUCAAAUACCUGUCUGCUUUGUCUGUCAAACUUCAAAAAAACAUGAAAACCACAAAUUUCGACCAGUUCAGGAGGCUGCAGAAGAAAAUAAGGAGAAACUCAGGACUGCACUGGCUCCACUGCAGACGAAGCUAAAAGCCUUCACUGCAAUGAAACUACUCUGUGAUCAAACAGCAGAGCACAUCAAGAGCCAGGCCCAGCACACAGAGAGACAGAUAAAGAUGGAGUUUGAGAAACUUCAGCAGUUCCUAAAAGAUGAAGAGGCAGCCAGGAUCACUGCACUGAGGGAUGAAGAGGAGCAGAAGAGUCAGAUGAUGAAGGAGAAGAUUGAGAAGAUGACAGAAGAGAUAUCAUCCCUCUCAGAACAGAUCAGAGUCAUAAAACAGGAGCUGGGAGCUGAAGACGUCUCAUUCCUGCAGGGUUGGCCUGUGACUCCUGAAUAUUAUUGCAGAGCCCAGUGCACACUGGGGGAUCCAGAGAAGGUCUCAGGAGCGCUGAUUGAUGUGGCCAAGCACCUGGGCAAUCUGAAGUACAGAGUGUGGGAGAAGAUGCUGGGGACUGUUCAAUACAUUCCUGUGACUCUGGACCCAAACACAGCACAUCCACUCCUCUCACUGUCUGAGGAUCUGACCAGUGUGAGACGCAGUGAUGAGAGACAGCAGGUUCCUGAUAAUCCAGAGAGAUUUGAUAUGUGGUGUUGGGUGCUAGGCUCUGAGGGAUUCAGCUCAGGGAGACACUGCUGGGAUGUAGAAGUGGGGGGUGUGGCCUGGAUGGUGGGUGUGGUUAGAGAGUCCAUCGGCAGAAAAGGGGAUGUGGCUCUGAACCCAGCAGGAGGAGUGUGGGGUAUAGGGCUGAUCAGUGGGAAAUACACAGCACUGACCUCCCCACUUACAGUCCUCACUGUGCAGAGGAAACUCCAGAGGGUCAGAGUGCAGCUGGACUGGGACAGGGGGAAGGUGUCAUUCUCUGACCCCAGUGACAACACACCUCUCUACACUUUUAAACACUCCUUCACUGAGAGACUGUUUCCUUUCUUUUUUACUCUGAAGACUCUGCGGAUCUGUCCACUGGAGGUGUUUGUAAGUGUUAAAUAGCAAUGUGGGAUUGUGGGUAAACAUCAGUUGAAGUAAAAUGACUUUAUUUAUGAAACUCCAAGCAGGUUUACUACAGACAUGAACAAAAUAUUUUCUAUUAUCUGAAAUGUAAAUACAAACAUUCUAAAGUGCUUGAUGACAAAUGUCUGAUCUCUCUGAUAUAACCUCACAGUGUUAUUACUGAGUGAUUACUGUGGUACAUGGUGGUAUUGUAAGUACACUGGUGUGUGUAAUGAGUUGGGGUGUAAUAAAUAAACCAGUGGAAUGACUCCAGA